UCCAAAAGUUUCAUCUGCAUCACCAUGGCUCUUUGGAUCCGUUCCCUACCUCUCCUGCUGCUGCUGGCUGUUUCAGCUCCUACAGUUAGCCAAGCUGCUCCCAGCGAGCGUCUGUGCGGUUCUCAUCUGGUGGAAGCCCUUUUCCUUAUAUGUGGAGAGCGGGGCUUCUACUAUUCCCCCAGGACACGAAGGAACAUGGAACAACCACUUGUGAAUGGUCCUUUAUCAAAUGAGGUGGAAGUACCCUAUCAAGAAAUUCAGAAAAUGAAGAGAGGAAUUGUGGAGCAAUGCUGUGAAAAUACCUGCUCUCUCUAUGAACUAGAGAACUAUUGUAACUAGAAGAAAAGGAACCGGUCCAUGCAGGAAUGGAGAAAAAAAAGCACUUUGCUACUGCACCUUUUAAGUCAUUAAAUAAAAAAAACCCAUGAAUCU